ACAAACAGGCACUGGAGUCGAUUUGCAAAGGAGAUAUUUCCCAGUUCGCAGCAGCAUGAAAAGCCCUGGGUGCACUCCAAGGCAUGUCAGGUGUCUCAUCAUUUUCAGCCUCUGUCUGGGACUUACCUGCCUCUCAGGAAUCUUCCAUAUGAAGAAUAAGAAUUACAGAAUCUCAAAGAGCCAGGAGGAGCUGCUGAUCCCUCCCACGCCGUGCCAUGCCAAGACAAACGUCAUGUUCCUCAAAACCCACAAGACUGCCAGCAGCACUGUGCUCAACAUCAUGUUCAGGUUUGCAGAGAGGUACAACCUCACUGUCGCCCUCCCUGCUGACCAGCUCUUCCACCUGGGAUACCCAAGGACUUUCGUGGCCCACUUUGUGGAGGGUUUUAAAACCAUAGGCCAAAAUUACAACAUCAUGUGCAACCACCUGCGGUUUAACCCCUUGGAGGUAAAAAGAGUGAUGGCAGCCAACACCUUCUACUUCUCCAUCCUGAGGAACCCCAUUCCUCUGCUGGAGUCUUCCUACAUCUACUACAAGAACAAUGUGCCUGCCUUCAGGAGCUCCAAGAACGUGAACGAGUUCCUGGCAUCACCCACAAAGUAUUACCACCCAGCAGAUUACAGGGCAAACAUCUAUGCCAGGAAUAUCAUGUGGUUUGACUUUGGCUACAAUAACAAUGCAGAGGAUGACACGCAGUACACCCAGGCUGUCCUGGAGGAGAUUGAGCAGAACUUCCACCUCAUCCUGAUAGCAGACUACUUUGAUGAGUCCAUGAUCCUCUUGAAGCACGCUCUGUGCUGGGAUCUGGAUGAUGUGAUUUACUUCAAGCUCAAUUCCAGAAGCCAGGACACUGUCCAGAUGUUGACUCCAGAAAGCGAGGAGCAGAUAAAAGCGUGGUGCUCGCUGGACUGGAAGCUGUACCUGCACUUCAACCAGAGCUUCUGGAGAAGGAUUGAGGAGACCAUAGGGCUGGAGGUGCUGCAAAAGGAGGUGGAUCACCUGCGGGCCAGACAGAAGGAGCUCAUGGAGACUUGUCUCUCAGAGCAGGAGGCAGUGAGGAAGGAUGACAUCAGGAAUAAAGCUCUCCUGCCUUUCCAGUCAGGGGCUGCAGAUAUCCUGGGUUACAACCUCAAGCAAGACUUGGACAACAGGACUCUGAGAACCUGCCAGAAGAUGGUCAUACCAGAGCUCCAGUACACGUCCUACCUUUAUGCUGUCCAACACCCGCACAAGAAGAGGAAAGAGGUGGGAUUGCCAUUGCUGUGGACCAACCUCCAGGAGAGGAGUGUCCAGCUGCCAGUGUCCAACUAGGACAUGUGGUAACACACUGUGGCUUCCCACCGCUUUGCAUCACCCCUUGUCUGACUGGUAACUGACCCACAGGACUCUUGUGCAUGAGGGGGAGGCAGUGGGGGCUUUGUUUAGGGUCAGCAAGUUGGUGGUUGGUUUCUUUUUGGGGACCUUGAGCCAAAGGCUCUGCAUUGACCAGAUUCGGGGUAAUCCCACCUGCCUGCUCCUAGCUGGAGGGAGCCAGACUGGCUGCAGCUGCAUUCCAGCCUCUUAAUCAUUAAUCACGAGUGUGAUCAUUUGCCUUCAUUUGACUUUAUUUGAUAUCCAUCGUUACAUCAGCCUGGUCACAGUUCACUGGAGCGAGUUCUGAUUUUUGGAGGGUUUAGGGGAGGAGGAGGGAAGUGAGGGGAGUGUGACAAGAGGACACAGCGCUCGAAGAAGCAGGAGAGAUGGUGGGUGUCCCUCAGGGAGGACUGACCACCCCAUGCUGCUGAAGCUGCCUUUGGUGUGGGAGUCCCAGGCAUCCUGCCAAAGCCAGGCAGGCUGGCUGCCUUGCCCAGUGGCAUGUAAGCUGUGCCUCUCGUGUCACCAGGUGAAUGGGCCUCUGAUCCAUGUGGGAGAGGUCAGUGCUCCCCUGGGGGGAGGUUUUGUGGUUUUGUCCCUUGCUCCCAGGGUCCCUGGGCAUGGAAGUUCCUUUGGGUGCAGCAUCCCCACAGCCCUUUAGCAGCAGAUGUGUUUUUGGGGCUCCCCUUGCUGUGCUGGCCAAACUCUCCAGCACGGAUUAGGAGGGGAUGGAGUGAGGCACAGCUUUGGGCACACUGGUGCAUCCAGGUCCCUGCUGCUGCCCUGGCCAGCACAGGCAGGAGGAGAUGCUGGCUCAGCCUUAAAACACUGGGGUUUUGUCAGUAUAAGUUGGCACUGACAGAUGUGUUGGGAACAGGUGACAAGCAGUGACACCAAGUCCAUUUGGCUUGGUGCUGCCAUCCUCACAAGCCUUGCUGGCACUGCCACAGCAGCAGGGCAGGAUGGCAGGAUGGGGAAGAUGCAUCUGGGGUCACUUGGCUGGCAGUGAUGCCUUUGGGUGAAGCUGUGGGGCAGCAGCUCCAGCUGGGAAGCAGCAGUGAUGCUGUCAGGGGGAGAGAAGCAGAGCCAGGAUUUUCCUCAGCUCUGUUUAGCAGCUGAGGCAGGGGUUAACCAGCCCAAGUGUCCAGCAGGAACAACCCAGAUUAACAGCACUUUCACAGUCCCAUGUUACAGAAAUCCUCACUAAAAUUAACCCAAACCUCGGGAGGCUUUUGUAGCAGCCAGGCGGAGCUGCUGGAGCCACACGUGGUCACCCUGGGCCAUCCCAGGGGCUCUUCCCCGGCGGUUCUGCAGCCUCCGCCUCAGUUUUCCCCUUGGAGCUUCUGAUCCAUGAUUUUCCCUGUGAAUUUUGUCAAGCCCUGUUAUCUAAACUGAUCACAGAGAUGGAAUAUUGGAAUAUAGGUAUAAAAAUCGUUUCUCAGUAGCUGAUCUGCGUGCAGUUUGGGAGGGCUGGGGUUCCUGGGAAGCUUGUGGAUUCUGUGGUGCUGGGGGUUCGGAUAGGGCUGGGGAUCCUGGAGAUGCUGGGGGUCCUGCAAGGGCAGAGGUUCCUGGAAAGGCUGGGAAGACUGGGGGGGUCACGGAAGGUUGGGGGUCCUGGGAGGGCUGGGACCCUCUGGACCACAGCUCGCAGGCUGGGGAGCUCCCGGCGGGGUGGGCUGUGGUGAUCAUGGGCUGGAGUCUCUGGACAGGGAAGCCUAGCCUCUCCCAGCCUGCAGGAGGAGGGAAACUGAGGCAGGAGAUGCAAUUGCCGCGCCCAUGGAUCCCCUCGCUUCCCCGCCCGGAGGUCCGAGCAGGGGGCUCGGCAGCCGCGGGGCCCCCGGGCCCGU